AUGCAAUUCGCAGUACCCCCACGGCGCAGCCCUCUGCCUAUCACUCGGUCCUCGCGCAUGCCGAUCUAUCGCAAGAAGCAGCUGAAGCCAAUCGCUUUGCUCACAGUCGCAAUAUUUUCGCUGCUCUACAUCAUCCAUCACACCUACACAUUAAUUCCGACCUCCGUCGUGGUGAUCCCUUCGGGGGUUGUGAUCGUCACACUACUGGAUCGUCAACGGCUAAGUGAAAGCUACAUCAGUAAGAUUGUCGCGAAUAGAGAAGACUACGCGAGGCGUCAUGGGUAUAGAAACUUCUUCGCAAGCGUGUCCGACUAUGACGAUGCGAUUGGAGAUGCGCCUAAGACUUGGGCUAUCGCUCCGGCCGUUCGCCAUGCCAUGGCCAAAUAUCCUCGAUCGACUUAUUUCUUUCACCUCAGUCCUCACUCCCUAAUCAUGAACCCAACCAAGUCUUUGAAAUCACACGUUCUCGAAAAGAGCAAGCUCGAAGAGCUGAUGAUGAAGAAUGCUCCCAUUGUGCCACCUGACAGCAUAAUCAAGACAUUCUCGCAUCGAGACGAGAAGGACAUCGACCUAAUAAUCACACAAGACACGGAAGAUCUCAAUCCUGGGAGCUUCAUUCUCAAGAGCGGCGAUUUCGCCCGCUUCUUUCUUGACUUGUGGUUUGAUCCUCUGUACCGCAAUUAUGACUUUGCUAAAGCGGAAACACAUGGGCUGGACCAUAUCUUGCAAUGGCAUCCGACUGUGCUUGCGCGGACCGCAUUGGUACCCCAGCGUAGUAUCAGCUCGUACAGCAAAGACUCACUGCGGGCUUCGCCGGAAGGCACUUACAAAGACGGUGACUUGGUGAUUCAGUUCCGUGGGUGUGAGAUGGAGGGUCGCGACUGCGAGAAAGAAUUGGAGCCGUAUUAUAACAGAUGGCUUGGGAUAAUACAGACCGACUAG